AUGUCCAGCUACACAGCAAUCAUCUUGUUAAUCAUCCUGUUCUUCUGUGUCAGGCUAUUUUCUACCGUAUUUUCUUCCAGACCUCGCAAGCUCGCCACAAAACCUCUACAACCAUGCAGCGUCGCCAUUUUUCUCGGUUCAGGGGGGCAUACCGGUGAAGCAUUGAAGCUGGUUUCCGCACUUGAUUUUAGCCGCUACACCCCACGGACUUACAUCAUCAGCGAAGGUGACGUCUUAAGCGCACGGAAAGCUCUCGCAUUGGAGCACCUCAAGGCCACUCAAGAUGAUCAUUUCAUUCCACCGCCGUAUAAACUCUUGACCAUUCCCCGUGCGCGCCGCGUCCAUCAGUCGUUGCUUAGCACACCGCCAGAUGCUGUCAAAUCACUACUAGCCUGCAUUUAUCUCCUCUCGGUUCGCCCGUUGUUCAAGAAAGGUCCUUUCCGGCACCCGUUCGCGGACCUUCUGAUCCUCAAUGGUCCCGGAACAUGUGUCUUUUUAUGUGCAGCGAUUCUUCUCAAUAGGGCAACCAUCACUUGCAUAAUCUUGAUCUGUGAUGCAAAUCAGCUUAUCGGACUACCUAGUCCACGGGUUAUGUACAUUGAAUCUUUCGCCCGUGUCAAAUCUCUCUCACUUUCUGGAAAGCUGCUCUAUCAUUUUGCCGAUCGUUUCGUAGUCCAGUGGCCAGAUCUUGUGCAGCCCUGGCGGUCGAGAAGAUUAUCGUGGAUGCCUUGUAUGAUUUUUACACGGAACCACAAUUGUUAUUUGAUCGAUCGGCGCACAUUGUUUGCAUUUCACUGA